UAGCGUUUCUAAAACCUACAUUCAGUGCAUUUCUCAGUGUAGUCUGUUGUCAGCUGAAUAUUAUGGCUAAAAUGUAAGUCUCUACGUCCGGUUUAAAAUAAGUUUGCUGCAUGUGAUAUAAAAGAGGAUGCCGUUCGAGGCAAAGCGCUGUGGAGUGCAAUUCAAACCUCCUUCCAUAGUUGUAAUUUAUGAAGACACGGAGACCAAAAAAGUGCGAAAAAGAAUAAUACCUGUACGAAACUUCUCCAAAUACUCUGACUACAGUGUAGCAGCUGAAAGGCUCAAGAACCAUCCUCGGCACAGGGACUACUUAGAGGCCGUGUCUCAGAACCAGCUGGAGAAGCUUCACAUCAUCCUACGAGACCACAUGCAGGGCCUCAGCCUGGAGCACAGCCUCUCCUCGUUCCGCCUGGACCCCGAGGAAAACCUGAACAAGCUGGACGACGAGAAGCUGGCUCGCAAGAAGGGACAAAUGGAUGAACUGUUUGAGAAGAACCGGAGACACAAAGACGACCCCAACUUUGUUUACGACUUGGAGGUGGAUUUCACAAAGAACACCCAAGAAAAGUGCAGCUGGGAUGAGGAGUCAGAUGAUGGAUUUUGAAACUUUCUUCACUGAUGUUUUCAGUUAAAAAUGUAGGACUCAAGCCUACAGAGAGAUGCCAGGAACAUCUGACACAGCUGAUGUUGACUACAAUGCUUUAUGUCCAUCUAAACACAAAUACAGUGGUAACAACUUCAGCAAAUAUCUUUACAGUAAAGUGUAUUUUGAAACGAUUCUGGCAUCGAAGACUUGUCUACAUGAUUAGAAGCAUGACUAGAUACCAUUAGAAACAAAGAGCAUUAUAAAACAGCCUGUUUACAUUUCAAACUGAAACAAAAGAAACAAUGCACGAGUAAUAGUGAAUAUUUAUUUGUUAUAAAAUACUGAAUUUUACAAAAUACAAAGACUUUGGUUCUUUAAUUUGUGGCUUACACCUAAAUGAGAGAUAUUCACAGUUGAAUAUGAAAGAACAGGCUAAAAUUCUAUUAAAUAAAAUCUGAGUUUUCACCAGUAAGUAAGCAAUACAACAAAUAUAUCUUUGGAAAAAAAUGUGUCCACAAAAUAUCAUUUCAUAUCAUACAAAAUAUAUAUAUUUCCAUAUAUGGUUUGAAGUGAUGUGCUGUGGCAAAGUUUUAAAUGAGAUACACCAUAUCAUAAAACCAAGCCUGCAGUAUCAAACCUGUUCUGGGGAAAAUUUCAUUCAAAGUGCUUAAAUACCUCGUUCAGUUGACAAGAGACACUGACUGACUGACCAUUAGUACCACAAUACAUUCAAAAAUGUCGCAGGUUUUUUGUUGAAACUCAUUACAGGAUGGAUUAACAUUGCUUUGCUAGUUUGGUUCAAGCUAAUCAAAACAAUUGUUUACACUGGUAUCAACUGCAGUCAUUGACGCAGCGCUGAUGUAUUCCUUAAGGAGGUAGUAACAGAAAAUCUGACACAUAAUUCCUUUUUACCAUCAACAUUUCAGGUAAGGACUCAGGUGUUUAAAUUGUAAAUUCUCAGCAGGCUGUUAAUUUGUUUAAAAAUAAGUCUUUAUAAAACUGACAUUUCAAGUAUACUAAUGCCACAAUCCGGGAUUUCUGAGUUUGUUAGUAAUGACGAUAUAUACAGCAUAUGACUUUCUGGACUGUCUGAUUGGUAAUAAUUUGUGAAACUCCACUGUCGAGAGUAAUUCACCCAGAGUACACAAACAUAUAGGUAAAUUAUCUAUUCAAAAGCUACUGGACAAA